UGCUGCCGCCUGAUCUAGUCCACUUUACAGACAAGGCGCAGUUCAUCUUGAACGAGCCUACUGAUUGACUUCUUUAAAAAAAAAAAAAAAAAAAAAGAGUAAAAAACACAUCGUAAUUGACCAAACGACUAAUCGAGAAAAUUGAUCGACCGAUUCAUCUGCAAUGAAAAUAAUCUGUAGUUGCUGCCCGGAACACAUGCACCGCAGUUCAUCGUAUUCAUGAUUUCUCCUCCAGGUUGACAUCAGCUUUUGGGGAUGGAGGACGCGGACAGCGGCUGGGCACUAGAGCUCACCCCCCCGUGCCUGAUGCCCGAGGUGACUGGGAACGACAGCGGUCAGGUGUUUGAGGUGGCGCUGCAGAACGGCUCCUCCAAGCGCAGCUCCCAGUUUGUGGGUGUGGAGCUGCUGCAGUCCUUCAAGCUGCUCAUCAUCCCCUGCUACACCCUGGUGGCUCUGGUGGGCGUCUUCGGCAACUACCUGCUCCUCUACGUCAUCUGCCGCACCCGCAAGAUGCACAACGUCACCAACUUCUUCAUCGGAAACCUGGCCUUCUCCGACAUGCUGAUGUGCGCCACGUGUGUCCCCUUCACCCUGGCCUACGCCUUCAACCCACACGGCUGGGUGUUCGGCCGCUUCAUGUGCUACCUGGUGUACCUCAUCCAGCCGGUGACGGUGUACGUGUCCGUCUUCACUCUCACGGCCAUCGGUGUGGACAGAUACUAUGCCACAGUUCAUCCUCUGAAAAAGCGGAUCUCAGUCUUGGCUUGCACCUACCUUCUGUCUGGGAUCUGGCUGCUGUCCUGCGGCCUCGUGGCUCCCGCUGUGGCUCACACCUACCACGUGGAGUUUAAGAACGAGGGCUUCACCAUCUGCGAGGAGUUCUGGAUGGGCCAGGAGAGGGAGCGGCUGGUCUACGCGUACAGCACGCUCUUCAUCACCUACGUCCUGCCUCUGUCGGCGCUCUGCAUCUCGUACCUGUGCAUCUCUGUUAAACUGCGGAACUGUGUCGUACCGGGCCACCGCACCCAGAGCCAGGCGGAGGCUCAGCGCGUGCGCAAACGCAAGACCUUCCGGCUGGUGAGCCUGGUGGUGGCGGCCUUCGGCGUCUGCUGGAUGCCAAUCAGCGUGUUCAACGUGCUGCGGGACAUUGACAUCGACCUGAUCGAUAAGCCGUACUUUCUGCUCAUCCAGCUGCUCUGUCACCUGUGUGCGAUGAGCUCCUCCUGCUGUAACCCUUUCAUCUACGCCUGGCUGCAUGACCGCUUCCGCUCUGAGCUCCGCAAGAUGUUCACAUGCCGCCGACGCAUCGGCCUCUCAGCCAAUAACUGCGCCACAGCCAGUGUGGUUUUGUGAAGCUCCUGUGUUUUAAAGGCUACUGUUAGUUAGUCCCCGCUUCUUUUGACAGUAGAGUAUCAUCGUUUCAUUCAUGGUAAACAGCAGUGCAAAAUUAGGGCAUUUUUCACACUUUGUCAGUUUCAGCCCUCAGAACUCAGACCUAUUAGACGGAAAUUUCUUUGUGCACAUGUAAACACGCCAAAGGGAGUCAGACUCCUCUGGAACGAUUCAUACUCUUUUCUGGAGGUGGUCUGAGUAUGGUUCGCUUCAAGUUCUCUUCACCUGUGCAUUUAGUUUGUUGAAAGAGGACUAUACGUGAAAAGAAAAAACCUUGCUUUACAUUCCUACUGUUUACUACUGUAUAUGGUGAUCCAGCUUUCACACAGUGGCUUUGGGUCCUUGAAAAACGCUAUACAAAUUCAAUUUAUUAUUAUUAUUAUUACUACAGUAUGCAUACCAUGAUUCAGAAGCCCAGUGUCUAAACUGUUGCCCUGUGGUUUAUUAAUACGCUUAAAAGACUACCAAUUUAGCAAUUUCGUACUUCUAUUCCAUUGUCAGACUCUCGAUGGACAGUUUGAAAAAGCAUUAUCAUGAACAAUGUCGAACCAGAGAUAUCAUCUUUUACCAACUGCAAGAGGUUUGGUUAGCUCACUUCUUUCUAACUCCACAUCCUUAGAUUUUUUUUCCAUUUUUAAACUCUUCAGCCCCAACCAGUGCUGACUCAAGUUGCAUCCCUUGAGGCAAUUUAUCAAAAUUUUGCACUUGGAGCCACAAAAGGCUUUAUACAACUUUUUUUCCAUUCGCAUUCAAAGAAAGUAUUAGCGCUUGUGAUGCAGUCGGCUCGUUAAGUGAGAACCACAGUCAUUUAAAAAAAAAAAAAAAAAAAAAUCUAAAAGUCAUUUAAAACUUAAAUCUUGAACAGGGUUAAUCAAGAUUGCGAUUUUAUAAGAUU